UAGUAUUGAUGUGCUGUAAAUAUGCCCGGAGAUAUGUAAUGUGUUAAUGUUUAGCCAUAAAUAUGUCCGGUAAUGGCCCGUUAACAAACAUAUACAGCGCAUCUCUGUACCCAAUCUUAUCUCAGCUCUUUACUGCCUUAGUUAUUGCUUUUGUUACUGUGCAGAAUACAUUAUUAAAAAAAGUUCUCAAUAUUAGUAAUACUGAUGUGUUGCUUUGUACUUUGAAAAUACAUUAUAUUAAUUAAGAUAUGUUUUCAGGAAUGUGUCUGCAACACCAACUUCGUCUGGAACUCGCACGAGGGCACGCCGCUGCGCAACUGGGAACAAUAAAGAGAAUAUGGCUGCAACACUUUCGCUUUCAUUUCCUCGCACGAGAUCACACAGCAACGCGACCGAUAUUCAUCCAAUGAAUGUUGCUGCAUCACUUUCACUUUUACCCGGUACUCAUAAACGCCAUAGGUCUGCUUCAGUUCUCAAAGCAACUGAGACUAAUGUAUCUAACACUGACAGUGAUAAGGCCCCUGUUGCAAAGAGAGUCAAGACCAACAUCCAGGCAAGCAGCAGCAGGUCCGUUCUGUCAUGGAAAACAGAGACUGAUAUUGAUGUGGUUCCACACACUUUGCGUUUCUUUCCUGCACGGGAACCUGGACCACAGCUGAGUCCUGCAGACGCACACACACCCCUGAGUCUCUUCAAAAUGUUUUUUCCUGAGGAUGCAGUUUCAACUCUUUGCCAUAACACCAACGCUCAGGCUGCCAGGGCAAAAGCAAAGGGUUCCAAGUAUAAAUGGAAAGAUGUCAGCGUCACUGAGAUGUACCGCUACAUUGGACUACUAUUUUAUAUGGCCAUGGUAAAGUUGAUCUCCAUCAGGGACUACUGGAGACAGGACGAUGUUUUCUCCGUGCCUUUUCCUGCCACAGUAAUGUCAAGAGAGAGAUACCGCACUAUUUCAUGGAAUGUGCACAUGAGUCACCCAGAAGACGACAAAGUAAAUGACAGGAAAAGGGGCACAGCCGAACAUGACCGUCUUUUCAGGGUCAAGCCUCUUAUGGACACUAUUUGUCAAGCUUGUAUAAACCUCUAUCAUCCUAAAAGAAACUUGGCUGUGGAUGAAAGAAUGGUGGCAUGCAAAGCAAACACAGGAAUGACACAGUACAUGAAAGCUAAACCAACCAAGUGGGGCUUCAAGUUGUUUGUGCUUGCAGAUUCUUCAAAUGGAUAUACUGUGGACUUUUCAGUGUACACCGGGAAAAAUAACUUUCCCACAGGCCAUGGACUUUCAUAUGAUGCUGUGACGUCUCUUUUGGACUGUAAAACUCUAGGCUCUGGGUACCAUGUGUACAUGGACAAUUUUUACACAAGCCCAAAGCUCCUGACAGACAUGUUUGCCAUGAAGUUUGGUGCUUGUGGGACUUACAGAGACUUUAGAAAGGAAUGCCCACGGGAUGCAACAAAUGCACUCUCAAAGCAAUCUCCCAGGGGCUCAAUCAGAUGGAUUCGGAAUGGACCUCUACUGUUUGUUAAGUGGAUGGACACACGAGAGGUGUCUGUCUGUUCAACAAUACACCCUGCUUAUACAGAAGAGACAGUGCAGAGGAGGGUAAAAUCACAAGAUGCAUGGAGCACAAAGACAUUUCCAUGUCCUGCACCUGUGACUGCCUACAAUCAACACAUUUUAUAUAAGUAUUUUUAG